AUGGAGGAGAGGCGGCUCCUCUUGGCAGAAGAGGAGGGGCAUAUUCGGCUGACGGAACAGGAGGAGGCAGACUACUGGGCGUGGGUACGCGAGGAAGAAGAGAUGGAUCGGGAGGAACUGGAGGCAUUGGAACUCAAUGAGAGCGAGUUCUAUGAGGAGCCCGAGGAAGGCGAGCUCCAGGGGGGACUUGAGGAAAGCGAAUACUAUGAGGAAACCAAGGAAGGGGAGGCUGGAUAUGAUGGCAGCAUAUCUGAGCCCUGGGGUCCGGAAGAGGGGCGCUAUUUUGAACUUGGAGUGCCGGAAAUGGGCGCGCGGGCUGGGGAAUUACAUUGGAACUUGGGGUAUGAGGAGGCCAGGAAGGCUGUGGAAGCAAAAGGGGAUAUAAAAAACCAAUGGGAAGAGGAUUCAAUGAUGGAAGUGGAGGAUGGGGAGCUGAUCUACGGGAAAAAGGGGCACCGGAUUAGUCCGCACUACCUAUUUGAGCUGUUCAACUACCCGGCAGCCGAACGAUGGAGCUACAUAGUUGCCACAAAGGGGGACGAGGGAAGGAUAGUCCUUGGUAGUUAUUACAGCAUAAAAAAGGAAGCACCCAGGGUCGCUUGUCCUGCCUUCGAGAACCUACCGGUAUCUCUCAACCAUGAGUUGGAGGACGGGCAGCAGACAGACCUGAGGAAGCUGCUCGUCGAGUACCGGGAGAUCUUUGCUACGGAAGCAGAGCCGCUAGGGACCCACCCCACCAUCCACCAUCAUAUCGCUACUAGGUCUGCCAAACCCAUAGCCCAGAAGCUAUUUCGUGCGUCACCCUCGGAGCGGGCUCGGAUAGAGGAAGAAGUGGCGGCCCUGCUGGAACAGGGGGUGGUCCGAUCCUCCAACAGCCCCUGGUCCUCCCCGUGCAUUGUCAUCCCAAAGAAGGACUUCGGUGAUCGAGUGGUGAUCGACUACCGACCUCUCAACGCGGUGACAGAGGCAGCAUACCAGUUUCCCAUGCCAAGGAUAGACGACAUCUUUGACCGAAUGAUGGGGUCGCUGUACUUCUUCGAGCAUCUGGAGCAUCUGAGGGAUGCUUUCGAUCGGGUGAAGGCCAACCAACUGCUCUUAAAGCCCAACAAGUGCGAGCUGCAGUUCUACUCCACGAUCUACCUGGGGCACAUCGUGACUCGGGAUGGGGUGAAGCCGGAUGGGGGAAAGGUGGAGGCGAUAAGCAACAUGGCGGCGCCGAUGGACCAGAGGGGUGUUCGGGAGUUCCUGGAGUGCACCAGCUACUACCGAAGGUUCAUCAAGGCGUAUGCGAAGGUGGCGCAUCCCCUCACGCAGCUGCUGCACAAUGACCAUCCGUUUGAGUGGUUGGACAAAUGCGAGAAGGCGUUCAAUGCCCUCAAAUUGGCUCUCAUCUCCCCACCCAUCCUCACAUUCCCAGAUUUUUCUGAACCCUUCAUCCUCCAGACGGAUUUCUCUGCCACGGCUUUGGGGGCCAUCCUAGCUCAAAUGGAUGGGAAGGGAGCGGAACGAGUGGUGGCGUACGCCAUCCGUACAACAAGGGGAGCGGAGCGGAACCUGUCCUCCACCCACGGGGAAUGGAGCAGCACUUCGACUGAAGGGGAAGGGGCAGAAGGGGAAAAUGGUGAUGAGGAGGAAGGAGGAGGAGCAGAUACCCGGGAGCCGGAGGAGAUGAGUAGCAACACGGAGACACAAGAAGGGGAAGAGGAAGGGGAAGUCGGACAAGGCGGGUCCGAGGAGGGAUCCAAGGAAGGAGAUGAUGGGAAGGAAGGGUCUGAGGAAGAAGGUGAGGAUGAGGAGGAAGAGGAGGAGGAGAAGGAGGAGGAGGAAGAGGAGGAGGAGGAGGAGUGUUAUAGUCACAAUAGGCUUGAAUGUGCCUAA